AGCUUUUUUUAUGGGAUUUGCCACUAAACUUUCUCUCCCAAGUGACUGAACUUUGCAUCCAUUUGAGACGUCCUUUUUAUUAAUUUUGGUGCAAGAAGAUCAAUUUUAGUGAUUUAUUCACAGUACCGUGCUCCAUGGCAGAGUUGUGUUUGGUGUAAAAAUUAUCUUGACAGCGUGGUUUCAUGCCGCUGUUAACAAAGGUGGGAGAACUCUUUGGUAUAUGAUGAAUAUGCUGCCAUUGGCUACAGUUGUCUGGAAAUUUCUUGGGAAUCUGCUGGUAUUCUUAGAACUGUUUGCUGAGGUCAGCACUUUCAAUUCAUCUGCCUUCAUGAGCUGCCCUAAGGUUUGUAUUUGUACUGCUGAUCUCUUGAGUUGUGCCAGACAGGAGCUUCACCAUGUCCCUGUCACACUGCCUCCGACAGCCACCACCUUGGAUCUCAGCCACAAUGCCAUCACUCACCUUAAUGACCACUGGCUGGCCACCUUACCACGCCUUCAUACCCUCAGGAUCAGCCACAAUCAGAUCAGUGACCUCUCACGGCAAGCGUUCCACAAUGCUAUUUACCUUGUGCACCUGGACAUGUCUUCCAACAAUCUGCAUGCUGUCAAGAAGCACUAUUUUGAAAACCUUGUGAAUUUGGAGGAGCUCUUGCUAUACCAUAACAAAAUUGUAGAAGUGGAUGGAAAUGCUUUUGUCAAGCUCGUCAGCUUGCAAAAGGUCUAUCUAAGUUGGAAUUACAUAACUCAGUUCCCAUUCAAAGCCAUUCAAGGAUUCAAACACACUCACUUGAGGACCCUUGAUCUUUCUACCAACAAUCUAAGCAGUAUCCCAGUGGAAGAAAUAGCAGCCUUGCCAGUCUACAUAAAAAAUGGUCUAUAUCUUCACAACAAUCCUGUGAAAUGUGAGUGUUCUCUCCAUCAGAUGCUUCAAGAAUGGAAAAAUCGUGGCUUCAGUUCUGUGCAGGAUUUCACAGAACAGCAUACCUGCAAAGCCUAUAGUGACGUGCCACGAUCUGUUGUCAAUACCUUCAAGUAUAAAUAUUUUGAAAACUGCUCCACGAGUCUAAAAGAAUUGAGCAUUCCAAAGAUUCCAUGCAAAGUGGGACAAUCCUUCGUAAUUCAUUGCAACACAAGCCUUCAUGAUGACAAUACCACCAUCUACAGGUGGAUCUCUCCCAAGCAUGAAUUAUUCAUGUACCCUGAGCACAGUGACAAGACACACACAGUUUUUAAAAAUGGAAGCUUAAAGAUUACGAAUACUGAGCUUUUCCAUUCUGGUGUUUAUGUGUGCAUAGCUGUCAGCGAGCGCCAAAAGAUUAAUGCAACUCAUGAAGUCAACAUCACAGUCCAGUACCCCAAAUUGGUUGACUCUUUCAAUACUGGAAUCACAACCCUUCUAGGUUGUGUUGUCAGUUUGUUACUAGUCCUCAUGUACUUGUAUCUGACACCAUGUCGCUGCUCCAAGUACUUCAAGAAGCCUUCAAGUCCUCCUCAAGACUGCAGUGCCCAAUCAUCCAUUUUAAGUACAACCCCACCAGCCACAGAUGGGCCAAACCGCAAGAUCAGCACAAACAAGCAUGUUGUUUUCCUAGAACCCAUCAAGGAGGCUCGGAAUGGCAAGGUCAGGCUGGCUGUUGGUGAGGACUUUCCUGAUGCUAAAAGCCCCAAGCUGCUGCAGCUUAAGUUGGACUCUGAAUCCAUCAGUUCAGUCUUUUCAGAUCGCCCUAUCAUGUCCUAUGAAGCAGAAGAGCUGUCACAGGCAGAUGGGUAGCAAGCAAUCCCCAAGAUGGAUAUAACUGGGGAGAUGGGGUGGAGAAAAAUCAAAUUU